CUAAAGGGUUAAACAUGGACACGUAUCCCGCUUAUAUGCGAAAGAGGAAGCACAAACAAUCUGAGACUGUGCAAAGUUGUAAAGUCUUUGUAAGACGUGGAUAUAUGAUCCAAGAGUAGACAAAAACAGAGACUCAUAUAUCAAACACUCGUGCUGUUUUUUUUUUAAUAUAGAUAAAGUUGCUCGUAGUUGAAAAGGACAAAAACACUCGCUGGAAACAUCAACUGAACAGAAUUGAUGGCAGGGUCCGAAUCAAAAGCUGUCCAGGAUCUGACUGCAGUGAUGGAGACAACCAUGCAAACACUUCAAAGCAAGUUUCAGAACUUAUCUGACCAGAUUAUUUCUAAAAUGGAUGAGAUGGGCACGCGUAUAGAUGACCUGGAGAAGAAUGUUGCUGAUCUCAUGACACAAGCAGGAAUGGAAGAUCACAACCAAACAAAGCAAGAAUACAGACUUUGA